AUGGUGCGCGUGCCCGGAUCUUUUGGUGACUCGGGAUUUUACCGUGAGUCCCUAAGUGAAGAAGUGAAAGCCAAGCCUGAACCUAGGAUGGAAGCGUUUGAGGCAAAGGGAUCGCCUCCGACGUGUGAUUUUAAAGUAUCUCCGGAUUAUCGGAGUUUUAAGAGGGGCUCUGAUGACAAGGAAAUAAAGGAGGAUGAUCAACCGAUCGAUAUGGAAGAUAGACCUUAA